CUACGGAAAAUAAGACAUCAGUGCAUGUGUGUUUUCUCGCCAGUGGACUGUUGUCAUUCUAGAUGAAAGAUGAAUAUAAUUACAAAUUAACGUGUGCAAUAGCCUUCAUUCCCUGCAAGCAGUAUGGUGACAGCGUUUGUGGAAGGCUGGGAUUUUGUGCAAACCUUGGGUGAAGGGGCUUAUGGAGAGGUAAAACUAGCUGUAAACACCAGCACCCAGGAAGCAGUGGCUGUGAAGAUUAUUGACUUGACAAAAACUGCAAAUGUGGCUGAUAAUGUUAGGAAAGAAAUUUGUGUCCACAAGAUGAUGACCCAUGAGAGCAUUAUCAAGUUCUAUGGUCACAGAAAGGAGGGGGACAGACACUAUAUAUUCCUGGAAUACGCCAGUGGAGGAGAGCUGUUUGAUAGGAUAGAGCCUGAUGUUGGAAUGCCAGCAGCCCAGGGUCAGAAGUUUUUUAAACAGCUGAUUGCUGGCGUGGAGUACCUUCACUCUAAGGGUGUCACACACAGGGACCUCAAGCCAGAAAAUCUUUUAUUGGAUGAUGAUGAUAACCUGAAGAUCACAGACUUUGGUCUGUCCACAGUGUUCAGACACCAGGGGAAGGAGAGGCAGCUGGACAAGUGCUGUGGGACUGUGCCAUAUGUGUCCCCAGAGGUCAUUGCCAGAAAGCCAUACAGUGCUGAGCCAGCUGAUAUCUGGUCCUGUGGGAUAAUUCUGGUCACUUUAUUGGCAGGGGAGCUGCCCUGGGAUGAGCCUACGUAUGGCUGCCAGGAAUACUCAGACUGGAAAGACUGCAAGAUUACACUGUCUCCUUGGAACAAGAUUGACAACUUGGCCUUGUCUCUGUUGAGGAGGGUCCUGGUGGAAAACCCUCUCAAGCGGAUGACUAUUCCUCAGAUAAAAGCACACCAGUGGUUCAACAAAAGAUUUAAAGAGUCAGGUGGCUUUGUCCUCUCCAAUUCUCCAGCAGAUGGCAACCCAUUCAAGAGGUUCUGUUCAGGAGUGGAUCUCUCUCCACCUGCCAUGAAAGGAAGGGACACUGGGAAGAUUUCCUGUUCUCAGCCAGAGCCCCGCCGUGCACCCUCUCUCAGUCCAUCUACCAGCGACACCAAUGAAGCACUGAGGGACCUCCAUAUGUUCAGUUUCUCGCAGCCUGUUCACCCUGAUCACAUGAUCCUGGGAAGUCAGAUGCCGGGGACACCUGGUGCCUCACAGACACCUAUGCAGAGACUGGUAAGACGCAUGACCCGAUUCUUUGUAAAGACCCCCGUUGAUGAAACCGUGAAACACCUGGUGUCAAUAUGUGAAAAGCUGGGAUACUCUGUCAGGAGAAAUCCACAGGGCUUGAUCACACUGUCAACCAUGGACCGCAGGGGUAUGAAUCUCAUUUUCAAGGCCAACCUGGUGGACAUGAACAACCUAAUAUUGGUUGACUUCCGCUUGUCUAAGGGAGAUGGGUUAGAAUUCAAGAGGCAAUUCAUGAAAAUCAAAGGGAAAUUCAGCAGCCUGAUCUGCAAGGCUCCAUUGCUGUCCAGUCCCCAGGCGCAAGGUUCAGUGGUUCACUUUUCCUUGGGAUGCUCACCCACACUCAAGUCUUCAACUAGAAAAGAUCAGAAAGUAGCUCCCGAAGGGAAAAGCAGAAAGACAAACGAGGAUGGGAAAAGUACCUCAGGAAAUGCAGUUGUGUCACCAGCAGAGAAUAGAAAGGAUGAUGACAAAUUAGAAAGCAAUGCUGUUAACAGUGGCACUGGAACUGUGGAGAAAGCUGUAUUUAAAUUGAAGGAAGGUAACCAUGACAACAAGUGCAUGAAAGAUAAGACAACUGAAGGAGAUGGAAACCAAAAAAGACCUGUUGAUAAGAAAACCAUAGUGAAAGAUGUGAAGGAAAAUGUUCAGACUUCAAAGUGUAAAAGAAAACUUACACCAUGAAAUUGACAUUUGUAGUAUUUUGUAAUGUGGGUGCUACCUUAGUUCUAAGCUGAGGAAGAUGAAUGUCCCAGUAGUAAAACAGUAUGUGCAAUUAUAGGCCCCAUUCAGAAAAGGGAUUAACUAGUUGGAGGGUCAAAUAUGGCCGACCCAUUUGGAUACUUCCCCA